AUGGAGAUCAUUUCAAGUGCAUGUUAUGAGAACGUGAAGAGGUACUGGAGGAGGAACAGAUACCAAAGACUCAAUGGUGCAAGUAAAAGAAAGCUGAAAAUCGCAAGGCUCGGUUCAGGGCGGCGCUGGAAACUAAGAGUAGUCCCUAAGUUGCACAUGGAAAUUGCUUCACCAAUAAAACUUCUGGCAAAGUUUCAUGAUGCUUAUAUCGAUAUGAUGAUUCGGUUGGCAACCACCAUAGGCAGCUUGAACAACAAAGGCUUCUUUAGGGGGAAGAAGGUUGCCAAAGAUCAACAUAUUUCGAUGGUAUCUUCUGGUGAUGAAGUUGAUAGCAGGCUGCUUCUGGAAAUUUACAAGAAAUUGGCUGCUUCUCGUGACAUGAGUGAUUUUUGA